CCCAAACUCGCCCAAACAGGCAUUUAGCCAAAUACGCACCCUCGCCACUCCAAAUUCCCACGCGCCACCCACCUAAACCCCUCCAAAACCGACACCCCCCACUAGCCACAACCUCGUUCCCUCCCACCAACCCCACUAAACCCGCCAUCACCACCGAACGCUCAAACCCAAGCUCUCGCUCGUCUAAACUCGCGACAAAACCACAGCCGCAACACCCACCGUACACCACACAUGCGCCAUGUCCGAUAGACCCAAUCACCGAGGCGGCCGCGGAGGAGGCGGUGGCCAUGGAGGAAACUUCCGCGGCGGUAGAGGCGGCGGUCGCGGUGGAGGAGGCGCCGGCGGAGGCAACCAGUCUGGCGAGCGCGAGCGGCCCAAGAAGGAGAAUAUUCUCGACCUGGCCAAGUACAUGGACAAGCAGAUCAACGUCAAGUUCAAUGGCGGCCGUGAAGUCAAGGGCACGCUGAAAGGUUACGACGCCCUCAUGAACCUCGUCCUCGAUGAUGUCCACGAAGUAGUCCGAGAUGACGAAGGAAACGAAUCCACCCGCUCCCUUGGCCUUGUCGUCGUCCGAGGCACCCUCCUUGUCCUUGUCAGCCCCGUCGACGGCAGCGAGGAGAUUGCCAACCCUUUCGUCCAGGCCGAUGACGAUUGAAGAAGGACGUCAUUUUGAUUUCGUGGAAAUCUGAGGAGGAGCAUGGCAAAUCCACCAACGAGUCGGCCGUUGCGGGAGCUGCGUGUGCGGCAGGCCGACCCUGGGCUAUGUGCUAUGCCCAGGCUUCUUCUCGUCAAGACCCCCAUCUAUUGUCGCGAUAUCGUCAGCUAUAUGUGGAAUAAGAGGCCGUGUGGCCCUCUCCACUUCGUAACCGAUCUUCUCCCCGCGGCUUCACUGACACAUGGCACAUUCCUAGGGCAGGUAGCCUGCCACAUAACGUCACAUAGAGUAUUGUCCUGUCGACUGUUGAAUCAAGGCAAAUAACAUAAAGCCAA